UGUCUACAACAUGCUGGAGCAAUUGUGAUUGGCUCUUAGUCAUUGUAAAGGGGAAUAUGAAUCAUGCAUAUGCAUGAGGCAGGGAAGAUUCUAUGUAUUAUCUUUUGAUGUCAGUACAGUCCUGCUUGGAAAAACUGGAUGUAGGGUUAGUUGCCUUCGCUAGCACUGUUCGAUCAAAGACUUGCAGUUAGCUACCAAACCUGCGAUAUAUGUUGUUAGAAUGCCAACCUCUUUUUGUAAAUAACAUUUCAUCGCUAGACUGUUGUCGUUGUUUAUCAGCUAAUUAUGUUUGAGACUGGAUGACUAAUAUCACAUACUUUCGCUUUGUUUUUUUCUCUUUCUCACAGCGUUUCAGAGAACCGUAAUCAUCCGGCAUAUGCCGUGAAGGAACUCAAUACUUUGGUUAAUAAGUGAGGAUUGACAAAACUAUUUCUUCUUCAUAUGCCUGUUUUGGUGAAUUAAUUUUCCUCCAUCUUCCCUGGAAUUUCGUUGCUCGACCUCUUCGCAACACUUCCUUAUUCUACACGGCACAGCGGAUUGUUGCGUAUGUUUUGUUUAACGAAGGAUACUCGUUACCAACUAUAUCCAGGAAAGUGGAUGUCUAAAGGAUUUUGAUUGUCGUUGACCUGCUCACAACAAGGAAUCAAAGUUUAUUGGAGAUCUAUUUGCAAUUUACAUGAAACACUGAAGUGAGUUUCAAAUUGGAGUUGUACAACAUGUGAUGAGCCUGCUUCAUGGAAUUUAUUUGGUGACUUCAAAAAUUGAGACAUCACUAACACUUAUUUUUCUGUUCAAUUUAGUGAUAAAUUGUUUAAAUAUGCAAAGGUGAGAGAACAUCUUUAAGCAUAUCAGUAAUCUUGACGACUAUCUUACCUGGAUUCUAUAAACUGAAGCAGAAAUGGCAGUGAUGAGCUGCAAUAACUUGAAUGUCUUGCUUGUAAGCAAGGCAUUGAUAAUGUUACACCUUGCAUUAGGAGCUCUGUGCCAAACGGCUCAAUUCACGGUGCAGCCAAGGCCUGUGGCGGUGCUGGAAGGACGAGCUGCCACCAUGGACUGUAGCAUCAGUAACCUAAAUGCACGGCACGUGGUGCUCUGGUACCGAGGUGGAAUCCUCCUCAGCAACGGUACGGCGAUAGUCGGUCACCAGCUCAACGCCACACGAUACUCCAUCAUGGUCAAUACCAACUCUGGCCAAUACAACCUGCACAUACGCUCCGUAUCCAAAUCAGACGAUCACAGCUACUUGUGCGCGGUCCAAAGUAUCUCUGCUGCCGGGGUUGCCGUAGAAGUGUUAAGGUCCCGUAGCGCCCGUCUGGAAAUAUACCAUCUUCCUGACAGAAAAAGAUUUCCACUCUGUGAGCCCCUGACGAAGCUGAACUACACGGAAGGUGAGUUUGUUACGAUCUUGUGCAAGUCCGAGCGAGCUAACCCACCGGUCACCCUUAAAUGGACGCGUAAUGGAAUUCUUAUAUCGCAAGUUGAAAUCGAUGACACUGUUACGACUGGAUACCGUACCCUGCGACAUAGGUUUCAAGCGGACGCAAGUUUGAAUGGAGCCUCAUUCGAGUGCCACGCAAGUAGCGAGGCGGAUGAUACGUAUGCAGAGCAUUGUGUCCUGGAUGGUCUGAACAUCUUGUAUAAACCACGAGUCAGCCUCGAUAAAAUAAAUGAAGCUGUCCAUGCCGACGAGGAGUUUGUAUUCCAAUGUAUUGCUGACGCGAAUCCAGAACCCAGUCAUUACUUUUGGAAGAGAUCGCCUGAAAUUCCUGCAGAGCGCGUCAAAUUUUCUCAAGACAAAACGCAAAUGAUGAUUAAUCCAAGGGAUAUCGACAAUGGCACACUUAUCACGUGCAAUGUAAGUAAUGCCAUCGGAAGUCUCUCUUCCAGUUUGUUGAUGAUCGUUCAACCUGUUAUUGUAGAAACCACAACUCCAAAGAGCAACGAUUCCACCGUUGUCACCAUUCGACCAAAGACCUCCACAGAUAUUCCUCCAUACAAGCCAGACGUUGGCAGCUCCGCCUCAGAAACAGUGCCCUUGAGCCCGGAGAUCCUUGCAAUCAUCAUCGGAAUCAUCGGUCUCUUAAUUCUCAUAGUGCUUGUUAUAACCCUUGGCUAUCUGUGCAGGUGCUUCCCUGUGCAGCACAAAGGCUCCUACGACAACAGCGUCUAUGGAUCCACCUUUGGGCCUAACUACGGUCCAAACGAAAGGCCCAUUUGGGACCAAACAAGUAUAUAUUUUGAGCCUAAGGAUCAUUUAAGAGAGCUCAACACAUGGCAGAGGACUCAUCGCCCAGUGUGGCAAAGAAACGUAAGUGUACAAGUGCCCCAUGUCGAAGAGGAGGACCCUCCUUACCAAGAAAUAGGACAAGAUUGGGACGAUGGCACGUACACCAUGCAAAUAUAGCCUUGGGGCAAAUUGAGACUUUUUACAAGCUAUAGAUCCAAAUAUCUCGCAUAAGAAUACAACCAGGCUCUGACCCCAAAUAUUGUAAUUCAAUGAUAUAUCACAAACUCUAUAAGGGAAAUUCCUUUUCAGUAAAAAACCCGUUUAUAAACCAGAGACUAUAAUACAUCUUAAAGCUUCUUCAACUGAUGGUCAUACGUUUGAAGAGCAAACAGGUUCAUAUGGAUGUACUAUGCUGUGCUAAAGUGUUGCAUUCCCGUCUAAUGCCUCUCUGUUGAAUGAUGCAUAAACAGAAUGGGGAUUCUAACACCGUAACUGCUCCAAUAAAAACACCCAUCAGACUUGGAGAGCAUGCAGCGUCACCAUCUUCAUUGUGGACUAAAUGCAAGCUUUGUUUUGCUUCUUAUUUUUACAGAGCGGGUUCGGAUAUGCACAUUAGCAUUGCAACAGAAUAGUCCACCAUUAGAUGAAAUGGAAGAGAAAUUACCAAUUGUGAAGAAACAAAUUUUAACUGAAAGAAUGGUAAAUUGCAUUGAUCAUAGAAGUGCAUAUACACUGUAUUUUUAAGUUCCAAGAAAUCAUCUGUAAUGUUACAUAAAAACCUGAAAGAAAUCUGCCUAAAAUGAUGACAGACUAGAGUAAUAUCACUAUGAUAUAAAUUUUGAGAUGCGCAAGCAUAUUACGGCAAUAAAAUAUUUGGUAUAUAAUUUUAAAAAAUGAGAAAAUCUGAUGAAAAUUUAUCUUUGUUGGUUGUUUUUCAUCAACAUACAAGAGGCACAGUGUAAUGUCUCUUCAGUUAUGCUAUAAUAUACAUUAUGUCAAAGCGUGGAGCCUAAUACAUAGCUGCAUUAAACAAGUUGAAUUUAAAGAAUGAGCCGAGUACCAGCAUUAUAAAACUACCACUUGCAUUAUAAUAAGCAGAAACGUAUAAAAUGAUUUAGCAUUUAUAUAAAAUAUGUUAUGUACAUAAGUAAAUAUACUAUCCAAACACUUAUUUUUGAUGAAAUGCAGACGGAUCAAUUUUUGUACAUGUGAUUUUGUUUUACAUUUGAAAUAUGUUGUGUAUUAAUUAAUUUAUGUGAAAGAAAGAGUUGCAAUUUGCCACCUUCUUGUUUAUCAAUGAGCAGGCUCAAUUUAUAUGUUCUCUAAUUUAAUUGGAAAUUGUCAAAUUUUAGCAUUAAGUUCACAAGUUUAAGCACAAUUUUGCAAGUUUGUUAAUGUUAAAUACCAACUCAUGUUUUGUUGAUAAUUCAGCCUUAGUGGUGGGCAGGAUAAGUUGUAAAUGAUAUGAUUACGAUUGAUCAUUAUGUGCCUCUUUAAUGUGUACAAGUGAAGUCCAGAAUAAAACCAUGUUACAACAUUCCAUAAAAUGUA